UGUGUGUGUGUGUGUGUGUGUGUGUGUGUGUGUGUGUGUGUGUGUGUAGUAUCUGCAGCAGUGUGUUCAGAGCAGGAGUUUGAACAGUUUCCGUAUCGUUUACUCGACUGGUUUCUGCUUUUGAGCCGAAUGGGAGAAAAAUACACUUCAGCUCCGACUCAACAGUGUCUAACACACACUCACAGAGUGCAGCUCGCACAGGGGGGGUUUAUGGCGCUGGACCGGAAUCGGGACGGGAAGCUGAGCCGGACGGAUCUGAAGAAGCUUCACUAUAAAAAUCUCCCACUGGAGCACUGCGCCCCCCCAUUCUUCCAGUCAUGUGACAGAAACAAGAGUAAGAAGGUGAGUCUGAGGGAGUGGACAUCCUGUCUGGUGAAUCGUUCAGAGAGAUGGUUCCAGAACUUCAUGUCGGUGAAAAUGGGAUCUCCUAAACUCUGUCCGUCUCCAGCUCUCCCUGCAGAUCUGUAAUAAUGAGAUGUUCCGCUUGGGCUCCAAAGCACAGUAAACUCUGUUAAUAUUAAUGUAAAGAUUAGGUUCUGGAAGCCUUUAGAACCCGUCCUGAUCUGAACCUGCAGAACCUGAAGUCAGUCUGACUGCAGGAGGUUCUCUGAUCUGCUGGUUCUGGGAGGAAGUUCUGAAGCUCGUCACAAAAGGUUUUAAUGCUGUAACUGUCUAAUAAACCAUACAGCACACUCUCACUACUGUCUGAGUGAAUUAGUCUGAGUGUUAGCGUGAGUGUAAGUGUGUUAGUGUGAGUGUGUUAGUGUUCGUGUGUUAGUGUUAGUGUAUGUGUGUUAGCGUGAGUGUGUUAGCGUUCGUGUGUUAGUGUUAG